AUGGAGUGUAUAUCUACCCCCAAAUUUUCUCUAGCAUUGAAUGGAGGACUGCAUGGUUAUUUCCAUGGUGCAAGAGGCUUGAGACAAGGGGAUCCUCUCUCCCUCUAUCUUUUUAUUAUAGGGAUGAAAUUUCUAUCUAGAAGGCUCAAUACUCUAAAGGAUGAUUCCUCAUUCAAAUACCAUCCAAAAUGCUCUAGGUUGAAGAUUAAUCAUCUGAUUUUUGCUGAUGACUUGCUGCUGUUAUGCAAGGCUGAAAUGAGCUCUAUUGUGAAACUUUUUACAUGUCUCCAAGAAUUUGGACAAGCUUCAGGCCUGGAAGCUAAUUCAAGUAAGUGCUCUGUCUACCUGAGUGGUGUGAAUGAUGGUCUCAAAGCUCAGAUUUGCAACUAUCUCCAAUUCCCUGAGGGUGUAUUACCUAUGAAAUAUCUGGGUCUGCCUCUGACUGCAAAAAGGCUUUCAUAUAAUGAUUACUCUAGCCUUAUUGGGAAAAUUAACAAUCAAUUCCAAUCCUGGCAGAAAAAAAGUGCAUGUCUUAUGCUAGUAGACUUGAGCUGUUCAAUGAAUUGGGAAUCUGUUUGUCAAGGUAAAGAACAAGGGGGUCUGGGUAUUUUUUCAGUAAAGUUCUGGAACUAUACAGCUGCUACUAAGCUCUUGUGGAUGGUUCAUCUCAAAAAGGACCUCCUAUGGAUCAAGUGGGUGCAUGGUAACUAUCUACAAAAUCAAAAUAUAUGGACUGUUCAACCCAAGGCAAAUGACUCAUGGAUGUGGAGGCAACUCCUUAAAGUGAGAGUUAUCCUAUUGAACACGUUUGGAAGUGCUGAUAUUGCAAAGAAUGUUAUAGCAGAAUGUUACACUGAUGGCAAACUCCUUUUAUCUGUAGUUUACAGGGCCCUUAUCCAACCUGCUAGUGUGGUUGUUUGGGCAAAAACGGUUUGGGAUGACUUCCUACACCAGUUGGAGACAAGGGAUCAUGUCUUCUUUGAGUGUAAAUACUCAACUGAAGUAUGGAACAUGGUGAUGGACUGGUUGGGGGUAUAA